AUGGGUAAACGACGUCGCAUCAAGAAGCUCUGUGCUGAACUUGAUGUAGCCGAGGACAAGUUUGGAGAGAAAGAGCCGAUCAGUGAGGAAAUUGAAGAGGGAAGUCAAGAGGCUGAUGAAGAGGUUGGAUCGAAAAGGAAAGAGGGAUCGGCGUUCCAGUUCCAAAACUUGUAUUUCCACAAGUUUCUCCAAAACAGGGAGGACAUCACCGCCUUUCCAGUGCUUGCUGUUCAGAACCUCCGUCGGCUUCAGAAUGUCACUUAUAAGGAGAGGGAGCGCAAAUGGACACAGGCAUACAAAAGUUGGGUACAGGACCACUACCCCGAGGGGGGAAUUGAUUUGGAAACAACCUGUAGUGAGGAGAUUUAUGCUUGGAGGGCCUUCAACUAUAGGUUCUACCGAGAUGACCCAGUAGAUGAGGCUGACCUUGUCAGGACCCUCAUCUCCCACUUCAACGAAUGCAGGGCCAAAGAUAUUCCUGCCUCAGCUACAUUUGACCUCAAGCAGGUCGGGGAGGUGGUUUUCAGCUUGUUUCCAGAUAUCUACACCGAUCUCUUCGACUUCCUGUACGAGUGUAAUGUCUAUCUUGAUUUCUCUGCCUGCCGGACUUACUACAGGGAUCCUGUUGUUGUUGUUGCUGAUUAAGACUGCAACAGUGGGCAUAACAGUGGGGCUUGUUUGAGGUUGAUUCUAAUGGAGGAGACACUUGACUUAGAGAAGAGGAAAUAGCUG